GAACAUCGCUGCUGAUCCACAAUUCACGCUGGAGUGAAAUUUUUUGCAUUCUCACUCAAAGCUACAUACAUACAUAUGUACUAAAAGCAGUGUUUCUGAAGGAGGUGAACUUAGCCUACAUUUUUGUGACAUUUGGCCGCGUAUUACCUCCCGCUGGUGUCCAAUAUGCAUAGUUUGAAAAAGAAUGAGAAGUGAAUACAUUUGAUGUUGAGGUAUAAUUCCUUAAUUCUGAUUAGUUCUUGUCGUCGGAGGUCUGUCUUUGCGAGCAUUUUUCAUGAGUGAAAAAAAUUUGUUACGGCGCGUGUUUGUGGUGGAGGCAAACGAUGGUGGAGACAGCAGUAUGAGUUAAUAAUGUUUCACAACUAAUGACACUAUAAUUAGCGUGUAAUCAGAUAACAUAAAAGCUGAUUGCAGCGAUUACUCGCAAGUGACAAGAAUGAAAAAUGUGAGCGAAAGUUUCGGUUAAUACAAUUUCAAGUCAGUGUGCCCGGCGGCAAAGGCAAAACAACUAAAUAUGAAGACGAACCAACUGGUGAUCAUACGACAUGGUGAGAGUGAGUGGAAUAAGCUAAAUCUCUUUUGCGGCUGGCACGAUGCCGACUUGAGUGAACAAGGUGCCAAGGAUGCAAUUAACACAUCUGCUGUAGCACUGCGUGAAAGCAACUUAAAAUUUGACAUUGCAUACUCGUCGGCGUUAAUACGCGCGCGACAAUCUCUUAGUAUCAUAUUAAAAGAAUUGAAUCUCUGUGAUUUGGAAGUCGUUAGUGAUUGGCAUUUGAACGAGCGACACUAUGGCAAUCUGACAGGUUACAACAAACGCGACAUGGCCGACAAAUAUGGAGAGGAGCAAGUGCAAUCGUGGCGGCGUAAAUACGAUGUCCUUCCACCACCUAUCACAGCAGACAAUCCAUACUAUCAUUCCAUACGCAACAAUCCGAGCUUCAAAGAUAUACCAUCGGCGGAAUUCCCAGACACUGAGUCACUGAAGGUUCUAAUGCAACGCGUCAUACCGUACUUUGAGAAUGUCAUAUUUAAGCAGGUGCUUAGAGGCAGGCGAGUUCUCAUCAUAGCACAUGGCACAGUGGCGCGUGCCCUGAUCAAACACAUCGAUAAAGUGUCGGAUGAGAAUAUUUCUACUGUGAAUGUACCGAAUAGCAUACCCUGCGUAUUUGAAUUUAAUAUGGAAACAGGGGAAAAAGUCGGAAAAACUACAUUUUUAGCAGAUGAAAACUUCUUGAACGAACAGAUACAAAAAACCGCUUCUAUUGGGGAGUCAAACAAAUGAAAAUGUACUUAUUUGUUCAAAGCUAAAAACUUCUUGAACUCAAAUAAAUGUAAUAAUAAUUAUGGAAAAA